GAGUGCAACGUGACACUGCUUGAAAUAUACAUUCAAACAUACGCUAAAAUGAGGUUUUUAUACAAAAAACGACCAUUGUAUCUGACAUCGUAUAAAAUAUAACUCAGAUGUGUGUUGUCGGAAUAAAGAAAGAGAAUAAACAAUAUAGACAUAACUAAACCAAACCAGCCAAAGUAAAGUAACUUCCCUCCAUUGAGAAAAACUCCAUUUUCCCUUAUUCUAAUCAAUGACCCUCUAAAAUAAGGCCAUGAAUAUCCCUAGCCACAAAUUCAUUCAACCUUCAUCUUACUUGGUACAACAACAAAAACAUCUUACACACAUUAAAAUCCAUGUCAUUUAGCUUCAUUUCCAUAGUUUUUAUUUCUUUUGCAUUUCAACACACUUUCUUAUUAUAACUAUCUUUUUUGUCUUGAGAGCAACAUGAACAUGUAUAGCAAAAACAAGGACUAUUACAACAACAAAAACAACCCUUUUGUUGAUGAUUUCAUUGAUCCACUUUGCAAGCUGAACCUAAAAGAAACCUCUGAGUUUGUCAAAUCUUUACCAGUUUCAAACACCAAUGCAGAAAACAGAAGACUCAGCAAUGAUUCUGUAACACAAAUGAGAAAACUAGAAGCUCCUUCUACACCUGGUAGACCACUUUUCAGCUUCAGUUCUUCUUCUUCUUCAAGCAUUGUUGGUAGAAACCUUCCAAGAAAGAGUUUUCCUUCUAAAUGGGAUGAUGCUGAAAAAUGGCUUAUAAGCACUUCUUGUCAUGACUCACCAGCUCAUAAUAACAACACUUUGAAAGGUGUUUCAUCUUUAGAAUCUGGAACAAGACAUUGUGAUAAUGGUUUUAAGCAGAAAAUGGAAGAAGGGUUUUCAGAGAAAUCAAGGGUCAUAGAAGAAAAAGUGUUGUCAAAAAGUGUUACUAAUUUUCAAAGUUCUUCUUCAAGUUUGGACCACAAUAACAGUGUUGGAGCUUUCAAUGGUAUCUCAUGUCCACCAACAGACAUAGUACUAAAAGAUAAGUACACAGACAGCAUAGAGCCAAUUUUACCAAAAUUCCGGUAUUCAGAACCAACAAAAGAAGGAUUCUUAUUCAGAAAUCAAGCUUGUGAGGCAAUGCAUGAAUCUUACACAGAAGUGAUUCAUGAAGUUAAACACAAAGAUGUUGGCACAGAAAUGACUCCAUUAGGAAGUUCCACAACUUCAAGAUGUCACACACCAUUCAAGAGUUCAUCGCCUGCGCGCCAUAACACUCCUGCUAGUAGGUCAGGACCAUUGGCAUUAUCUAACAUUGACAGCAAUGGAUGCAGUGUUGAUGCUAUUCAGCUAGAAGAGUGUCAUUUUUCUAAACUGCAAUUUGGAACGACAAAGUAUGAUUUGGUUGCACCAAAUUGGAGCUCAAGUGAAGAGGAGGAAAAGGAAAUAUCGAAAAGUUUGAGACAUAAUGCUAGUUUGAAAGCCGAUUCUGAUUGUAUAGCUGCCAGUUGGGAAGAAGAUGAGAAGAACAAGUGCUGUCUUAGGUAUCAGAGAGAAGAAGCAAAAAUCCAAGCAUGGAUAAACCUCCAAAAUGCUAAAGCAGAAGCCAGGUCAAAAAAGCUUGAGGUGAAAAUCCAAAAGAUGAGAUCAAACCUAGAAGAGAAGUUAAUGAAGAGGAUGUCAGUGGUUCACAGGAAAGCUGAGGAUUGGAGAGAAACAGCUAGACAACAACACUUAGAGCAAAUGGAGAAAUCAACUCAACAUGCUAAAAAGAUUAUUCAUAGGCAUAACUCACAAUUUUCUAGGCACAGUUCAUGUGGAUGCUUUCCUUGCAAUAACAACCAUUAAACAUGUGUUUGUUCUGCAUCGAUAAAAAAUGAUUUUGAAUGAAUUGCUUUUAUGAAGUUGAUUUUUGUUGAAA